GAUGUAAAGAUUGAUACAGAGAGAGAGUUGCAGGAGGAAGGGGCGGAGAAAAGUUAUGAAGUUUUCAGUGGCUUUUGCUUCUUCAUUGGAUUAUUCGAUGUCGAUUUUGUGAGGUUAAAUUCACUUUUAUUUCAAAGUAUCUGCAAACGGAUACAUAUUUAUUUUUAUAUUUUCUCUCUUUUCAAACUCUCCAAGUUAAUAAUUAAUGUAUCUCUAUAUUUAUUUAACUAAUUAUUCAAGCGUGAAGAAGGAGAAAGAGAAAGAGAAGGAGCCAUAGGGCAGUUCAAGAUGGUGAACCAUAAUCUGUUGAAAUGAUCAGUGAAUCUUUUGAUUAUAAUGAUUAAAGAUUGAAGUUUGGUGUGUCCACAUUGAGUUAUCAUGGCUGAUAUCAGAGCAUAUGAAUGUUCCAGUUGUAUGAUAAUCUUUGCUGAAGAGGAUGAGUUCAUUCUGCACCAAAAGAGCUUUCACAACUUAACUGAUGAUUUAAUCAAAGCCUGGUUACCGAAACAUAUUCUGAAGAAGAAUGGUACCACGAAAGGGAUCUCCAUACAAGUGUAUGAUGCCAGUCGGCCAUAUGCUUGCGAUAUUUGCAAUAAAGCUUUUGUGCAAUCUUCACAUUUGUCAAACCACAUGAAGACCCAUUCUGGGGAAAAACCAUAUGUGUGUAAGAUCUGCAAGAAAGCAUUUUCCCGUUCUUCCAAUCUGUCUCGGCACCAUAAAAUCCAUACUGCUGAACGUCCUUAUGUCUGUGAGAUUUGUCUAAAAGCUUUUUCCCAGUCGUCUCAUCUAACACGGCAUCUGCGUAUCCAUUCGAAAGAUCGGCCUUAUUCAUGUGAAUAUUGUCACAAGACAUUCUCUCAAACAUCCAACUUGUCCAUUCAUCUCCGCAUCCAUUCUGGUACCGAACCAUUCAAAUGUGAUAUGUGUGCCAAAUCAUUCUCGCGGUCUUCAAAUUUGUCUCGCCACAUGAAGAUUCAUACACAGGAGAAAUCUCAUGUCUGCCAAGUUUGUAACAAAGCUUUCUUGCAGUCAUCACAUCUAACACGCCACUUGCGGAUCCAUUUUGAGGUGAAACCAUUUUUCUGUCCCACAUGUGGCAAAGCAUUUUUUCGAGCCGAACAUCUUUCUCUUCACUCUCGGUUACACACAGGUGAGGAGCCAUUCAAAUGUGACAUUUGCAAAAAGGGUUUCUCUCGUUCUUCAAGUCUUUCUCGUCAUAUCAAAAUUCACACAGCAGAAAGACCAUUUGUCUGUAACAUAUGUGACCGCGCCUUCUUGCAGUCUUCUCACCUGGCACGGCAUAUGCGAACGCACUACGAGGAGAAACCUUACGUGUGUCACGUGUGUGAGAAAGCAUUUUCCCAGUCUUCCAAUCUGUCGAUUCAUCUACGUAGUCAUUCUGGCGAGAAACCAUUCACCUGCGACAUCUGUGACAAAUCCUUUUCACGCUCUUCCAACUUGUCUAGACACAUCAAAGUCCAUUCUGAAGAAAAACCAUUUACCUGUACCAUUUGCCAGAAGUCUUUCUCACAAUCUUCACAUCUUACCAGACAUCAAAAGAUACAUAAUCAGCCUCCGGCAGAACCAAAGAUCAAAGCGCCUUCACCAAACUAUCCUUGUGGCAAGUGUAAUGAAAAUGUAUUGAAAUCACCUCAUACCAACAUGUUUUUCAGCAACAACAACAACAACAACCAAAAUCUGUAUUCUUCAGAAGAAAUACCUGAAAGAAAACCUUACUUGUGUGGUUUCUGUAACCAAAGUUUCUUGGAAGCUUCAGCAAUGGCGCUUCACAUGAAGACUCAUUCAAGUGAGAAACUGUUCAGGUGUGAACUUUGCAACAAAACUUUUACAGAUUCCUCUCAUUUAUCGCGUCACAUGAAAACUCACUCUGGAGAGAAACCAUUCCGUUGUUUGGUCUGCGACAAAUCUUUCUCCCAGUCAUCCAACUUGUCGAUACAUUUAAGGACUCAUUCGGGCGAGAAACCAUAUCAGUGUGAAAUUUGUAACAAAGCUUUUUCUCGUUCCUCAAAUCUCUCGAGACAUUUAUUAAUCCAUGAACAAAAACGACCUUAUAUCUGCGAUAUUUGCAACCGAGCCUUCUCCCAGUCUUCCCACCUCUACAGACACCUUAAAAUCCACAAUUUGUCAUCUUAAUCUUACCCUUGUGUGUGCCUAAACUCCCUAAACUUCUUUUUUCAUUUCCUCAUCUUAUAUUUUCUUCAUCUUCUCCCAUUCAGCCAUGUUAGUAUAACUUAGUAUUUAUUAUCAUUAUUAUCAUUAUUAUUAUUACUUUUAGCGUGCUAGAUGGCAGAAACAGUUGAACACCAGAUGAAAUACCUUGUGGUAUUUAUUUACCUUCCUUCACAUUCUGAUUUCAAAUUCUUCUAGGGUAGAACCAAUCAAAAACUGGGAUUACCAUUAUUGAUUCUUCCCUCCCCACUCGACCUUCUUUCUAACUUUGUGCCUCAUACAAGAAAUUAUUGUAAUCAUCAUUAUGGUUUAGGACAGCAAGCUGGCAGAAUCGUUAGCACGCUGGGCAAAAUGCUUUGCAGUAUUUCGUCUGCCAUUACGUUCUGAGUUCAAAUUCCGCAGAGGUCGACUUUGCCUUUCAUCCUUUCAGGGUUGAUAAAAUUAGUACCAGUUACACACUGGGGUCGAUGUAAUCAACUUAAUCCCUUCCCCCAGAUUUGAGACCUUGUGCUUCCAGUAGAAAAGCUUAUUAUAAUUAUUGUCAAGGCAGCAAUUAGGCCGAACUGUUAAUGCACUGGACCAGAUGGUUAGUGGUAUUUUGUCCAGCUGUUUAUGUUCAGAGUUCAAAUGCUGUUAACUUAGCUCUUCAUCCUUUUGAGAUCGAUAGAAUAAAUGCCAGCCCUGGUCAAACUGUCCAACCCAUGCCUGCAUGGACAAUGGAUGUUAAAUGAUGAUGAUGAACCUUAAGUUUAUUUCUUGUCUUCUAUACACCCUGAAAUCAGAGCAUGUGGUGUCUGCUUUGGUGGCUUUUUCAGUGUUUGCUUCCAAUUACAUGGAUUCAGUUUCAAUCCCAUGGUAUUCCUGUCAAACCAUUCACCUCAUGCUAAUGAUGAGUUCUAAAAUAAUAAUUCUUUCUAUUAUUGACACAAGGCCUGAAAGUUUGGUGGAAGGGAGUUAGUUGAUUAUGUCGACCCCUUGAGCUCAACUGGCACCCAUUUUAUUAACCCUGGAAAGAUGAAAAAGUAAAGUUGCCUUAGGUGGAAUUUGAACUCAGACCAUAAAGCUACAAGAAAUAAUAUGACUAAGCUUUUUGUAUUUCUAUUAGUAAUAAUGAUUUUUUACUAAAAGGAAUUUUUUAGGGUUUGUGAUGUUUAUGCCUUUCUCAAAGGCUUAUAUGAAAUGAAUUAGCAUAAAAGGGGAAAAAAAAUUCAGGUUACACACACACACACACACACUUAGCUUAGGAUUACUUGGUUGUUGCUCAGCCCCUAGUCACCCCUAAUCAAAUUGGAUAAGAAUCAAGUGUUCCCACCAUGACCAUCCCAUCUUCAUUCAAGACACUUCAUUCAAUUUCUCUUCCUUUCCUCUUUUAAAACAAUAGGAUGUGAUUUGAAGGAGAUAUUGCUGCCAUUUCUAGCAUGUCAACAGACCACUUUGAAGUUCCCCUUGUUGGCUUGCAUGUGCAAUUUUCUGAGCAGAUGUGGGUUGUAUAGAACCACAAAUUUAGAUAUUUGUAUUACACGGUUUCUAGAUGGUGCACUACUUUUGUGUUUUUGUUUUUUGUUUCUCUAAAAAGAAAAGAGAUUUAUGUUUCUCAUGUCCACCCGGGUACUCACUUUAACCCUUUAGCAUUUAAUCCAGCCGAAAUUGUCCACCCAUUUUAAGUUCAAACAGGCCAGAUCCAGCCUCUCACACCCAUCCUACAAUGACAUUUUCUGAAAAAUAACAUUCAGACCAUCUAAAUCGCAAAGCUACAAGAUAAUGUGAGAUUAGUUCAAAUCAAUGUGAAUUAACAAGUAUUACAGUUGACAGAAUAAUCUAAAAACAAAAGGGUUAAUCUUUUUAUUUUUACCCUGCAUUCACCGAUUCUAUCCAUCUGCCACCCUCAUGACCAUACUUCUUCACACCCAUAUACACAUACACACAAAAGGCUUCUUUCAGUUUUCAUCAAUGAUAUGCAUUCAUAAGGCUUUGGUUGGCUUUGGACUGUAUCAGAAGAAGCUAUCCCGAAGGUGCCACGCAGUGAGAUUGAACUUGAAACCAGAAAGAUUAAAAUUCUUUUAUUCUUUUACUCGUUUCAGUCAUUUGACUGUGGCCAUGCUGGAGCACUGCCUUUAGUCGAACAAAUCGACCCCAAGACUUAUUCUUUGUAAGCCUAGUACACUUAUUCUAUCGGUCUCUUUUGCCAAACUGCUAAGUUACAGGGACGUAAAUACACCAACAUUGGUUGUCAAGCGAUAGUGGUGGGGGGGACAAACACAGACACACACACACACACAUAUAUAUAUAUAUAUAUAUGAUGGGCUUCUUUCAGUUUCCAUCUACCAAAUCCACUUAUAAGGCUUUUGUUGGCCCAAAGCUAUAGUAAAGGACCACACAGUAGGACUGAACCCAGAACCAUGUGGUUGAGAAGCAAGCUUCUUACCACACGACCACUCCUGCGCCUAUGCACAUGCACACACAU